AAAGAGAGUCUCGCGAUAACUGCGCUCCCUCUGCGCGUCCUUGUUAAAUCCAAAAUGGGGUACUGGGAGCUGCCAGAGGGCACCGGCUGUGUGGAGAAAACAUGGAUCACUACCAAGUUAGCCACCGCCAUAGGCCUGGUUGGUUCCGCCUACCACUUGGUGGCGUUCCAGCCGGAUUCUGCAUUGGCCGCGCUGCAGAGGGCUACCAACGCGUCCGUCACCAUGGCCUCCCUAGGAGCCAUUUUCGGCAUGGCCACUUGUCUCAGUGCUCAGGCCCGUGAAGCCCCAGAAGACCCCCUGAACUACUUCAUCGGGGGCUGCGCCUCCGGCAUCUUCCUGGGAGCCAGAACCCACAGUGCCGCCACCGGUACCACGGCCUGCCUGGGACUGGGCACGCUGGCCUUCUUCACUAAAGUGGGUAAGACGGAGGGGUGGAAGCUGGCCGGCCCGCCCAAACUAUGAGGAGGAGGACGGCUGUACAUUUCCCCAUGUGUUGUAAAAAGAGUUCAUGUAAUAAAGGUCUUGUGAAAUAAACUCUUGAGUCUGUCUACUAGUUGGGGGACGUCUGAGAAGAUGCUUUGGGCGAGUGCAGGUAUCUUCACGUCUCUGAUGUUGUCGCAUCUGUUAAACUGUAAACCACCUCCAGGUGACAUCCAACUUGGGAGAGAGGGCAUCCUCUAAAACACUCGGGCGCUUCCUUUUGACCCCCGGCUCUAAAAUAGCUGUUUGGUGCUUUGGAAAGUGAGCCUGCAUUCAAAGAACGUAUAAAUAUCAUUUAUUGUAUUCAUAUUACAUUGUGGAGGGUUUGAAUGGUCGGCCGCCUUGCAAAACAAUGCCGUUGUUCAACAUAAACGGAAAAAUGCAUCAUUUAAUUAAAUGAAUAGCUUGAAUGAAUGUGAAAUAAACCUGUUUGACCAUCA